CCGGCGGAGGGCCUCCGCCUCAAAAACGCGCUUCCCUCCCCCACGGUCAUCUGCAUGGAGAAGAGGUGGCUGGCCGUCUUGCGGUGGUAGAACCACAGGUCUCCGUCCGUGAUGACCAUGCCGUUGCCGAACAGGUCGAAGCUGAUGUACUGGCCGCUGGGGCCGCGCAGGAACACGUCGUCCUGCGUCACCAGCACGUCCUCGAACAUUUCAGGGGACGAGAGCACGAUGGUGGCGGGGCGACCGGGGAUGGAGAACAUCCACGGGCGGUUGCCGAACUCGAUGGACUGCUCGUUGAGCCAGUCGUGGAAGCGCUCGGCGUUGCCCCCGUCGUCCAGGAUGUUCUUGAGAAUGGGGAGCGUGGUCUUGGGCAUGGGCGGGAGCUUGCGAGCGUCGCUCUUCUUGCUCUUCUUGGUGCUGUGCAGGAGGAGGGAGAGCCCCAGACUCACGGCCACUGCGAAGCGAGGGACGUGAUGGAGGCCACAGUGCAUGACAAACUGGGGGUGUUCCUGGAUGUGCUGGACAUCUACCACAAGCGCGGCAAGCCCUUCAGCAUCAAGCAGGAGCUGAGCCACUUCACCAUGGACGCCAUCGCCAAGAUCGGCUUCGGCCUCGACAUGGACACGUUGAAGAACAGUCCGGACCGUGAAGAGGACCACGAGUUCCUGGAGGCCUUCAACAAGGGAUCGGUGCCGUUUGGUGUGCGCAUCCAGUCGCCGCUGUGGCUCUGGGAGCUCAAGAAGUACUUGAACGUUGGCUGGGAGAAGGUGCUCAUGGACAACACCAAGAUCAUGCAUCAGUUCAUCAACAAGAAGAUGGAGGCCAGAGACCUCGUCACGCUCCUCAUGGAGAGCAAGCUCCGACAGACGGAGGACAUGCACAUCGAGGACGAUGACGCUACGAUCAUGCGCGAUAUGGUGAUGACAUUUGUCUUCGCUGGCAAGGACUCGACGGCGCACAGUAUGGGCUGGUUUAUCGUCAACAUGAACCGCUACCCGGAUGUGCUGAAGAAGAUCCGUGAAGAGAUGAAGGAGAAGCUGCCGGGCCUUCUCACGGGCGAGAUCAGGGUGCCGAUGCAGGAGCAGAUCAAGGAUCUGGUGUACCUGGAAGCCGUCGUGAAGGAGAACAUUCGUCUUCACCCGUCUACGGGCUUCAUUGUGCGAGAGACCAUGCAGGAUACAACGUUGGUGGACGGCACGUUUGUUGAGAAGGGUCAGACGCUCAUGGUCUCGUCCUACUGCAACGCGCGCAACAAGAAGACGUGGGGCGACGACUGCCUCGAGUUCAAGCCUGAGCGCAUGAUCGACCCUGAGACGGGCAAGCUGCGUGUGCUGUCGCCUUACGUUUUUAGUGGCUUUGGAUCGGGCCAGCACGUGUGCAUUGGCCAGAAGUUCGCACAGAUGGAGAUCAAGAUGGCAAUGGCUACUCUCUUCAGUAAGUUUGAUAUCAAGACGGUGGAGGACCCGUGGAAGCUCACGUACGAGUUUUCGCUGACGAUCCCGGUCAAGGGCCCUCUGGACGUGGAAGUCACGCCCCUGACCCCUUUGACACCACCUAAGUGAGAUGACAGUUAUGAAUACCGAAAACGAACUCUGUUAGUUCCCU